GUUCGUCGGGGAAUUUCAGCAGAACUUAACGGAGUUUUAACUGAAAAACUCGGUUGUACCAAAUCGAAUGAAGUGUCAUGUGGAAGAGAUCAUACUUGAGGGGUUUAGCAUGCCACAGAAAAUGUUUCUGAACCUUCCUGACGCCUAGUUGCACUCUUUCAACUUUGGAAUGUCUUGCUCUGCAAGAAUCACAGAGAAUGCCCCCCAAUCCAAAACCUCAAAAAAUGGCGGCACAAAGUUGUCAGAUAUGAUCACAGGUACGCACUCAUAA